AAGGGAAAGCGUUGUUAUGUCCCAGUGACAGUUACAUUCACUUCAAAUGUCUUCCUCGUCCGUAAGACUGACACUCGAGUACUCGAGUAUUGUACGUUACAGGUAAUGUACUCAAGUGAGCACACAGUAUCCGUACGGAUAGCUCAACGGUUCUCAUUGGACAUAGUUAAAGCUGCCAGGUGGUACCGGCACUGCACUGCUCAUGCUCAAGCGCCUUGUAGGUCAGUAUGAUGUUGUUGGAAUGGCUAGUGCCAGUCUAGAUGAUUCUUCCAACCGACUGGCUACCGGCGCUGUAGCAGUAGGAGAUCUUUUUGCUUCCAACCACAAGGGGGACUUAGAGCGCUAGCUAGCGCAGCACUCUAGUUUAGCGGCUUUUGGAUCCAUCCGGGGAGUCAUUGUCAUCUUCGGCACAAUAAGAUGCAUUAGUCGAUCAUCAUUUGUGGUUGGCGCCUCAGGACAAGAGGCUCACAAUUUCCAAUCCGAAAGCAUUGGGAAGCAGCGAAGCCUCGAACAAGCUAUUUUGAAAGCCUACGUUUGAAGAUGUGCCUUGGUUCUGGAUGUGCUUUGAAGGAUCCUGCUUGCAGGAGCUUAAGCUUCGUUCUGAGCGCCACCAACAAGGACUCUACUGCCAAUGGUUGCGUCCCUACGGGCAUGGAAACUGACCCUGGUGAGUGCAGAAGCUUGUCGGAUAGCUUCUCUCGCAGCAGCCGCAGCAGCUGUAGCAGCUCCCAAGCCAUUCGUGUUCGUGUUUGUGGCUACAAGGAUCACAAGCCUACUUCGUUAGCAAACGGAAUGGCAUUCUUUCCUGUCCUUUCUGCCAAGUAUGAAAAGGCUACAAAGGAACAGAAGAAGCCACCCAUUUCUUUGGUGAUCGCUUGUUGCAAUGAGGAGGCACAUUGUCUUGAUCGCACCAUGAAGACCCUCAAGGCCCAGAUCCUCCCCUCCAGUGGAAAAUUGGAGAUCGUAAUAGUGAUGGAUGGCUUUGAAUUGAUCUCUGAUUCAAUGAAGGAAUACCUGCAAGAACUUUUCUUGCUGGAUACGGACAUGUUCCUUACGAUUUCUGAGGACAUCAAGACGAUCAUUGUAGAGCACGAAGACGUGGACAAUGAUUCGAAGUUUGGUCUGUCACUUGUCAUCAAGAGGCACAACAAAGGCAAAGUAGAUUCCCAGCUUUGGUGGAUGGCUGCCCACGCCCCUGCCAUUGGAUCAGAAUACCUCUUCCAGACAGAUUGUGGGAUUAUUUAUGACGAGCAUUGCGUUCGUCUGAUGCACGAGAGAAUGGAACUAGAUCAAGGUGUUGCUGGAACUUGUUGCAUGGUUCGAACCAUGUCUGCGGAGCAGCAAGGUGUAGCACCUGGAGAGAUUUGGAGGCAACCGGUGAAUGCAAUCCUUCGUUUGAUGCAGCAGUAUGACAUGGAGGAUUUAGUCCAUCCAACAAGAGUCUUCAACAACCAUGUAGGGUACAUCCAGGUGAUCCCUGGAUGCGGUGGUAUCUGGAGGGCCAGCCACCUGGGAAGCCUGGAGGAAGGGCCUAUGAAGGAGUACUUUGACCUCCUUACUACCGAUGAUGAAGGAGUUGUUUUGGGUAACCUGAAGAUCUCUGAAGAUAAAGUCCUGCCCACGCUGGUCACAUUCCAGGACGACAAAGCUUGUGAAAAGCGGUCCUUGCUCCCUGGGCCUCGCUUGUGCUUCCUGCCUGACGCUGUCUCGUAUUGUGAAGCCGAAUAUCCUUUGAGUACCCUAGUGAAGCAGCGACGAAGAUGGAGAAAUACCGCUCCGGCAAGAUCUCUUUGGUUCCUCCUUCAUCAUUGGCAAAAGAUCGUUCAAUCUGGACAUUUUCCAAUGUUCAAGAUCUCAGCUGUCGCCUUCCUUGUCAUUGACGUUCUGAUGCGGGGCAUUGACACUGCUGUGGUAGCUCCUUUCGUCGCGACUGUGAUCUACGCGACGACGAAACUUUUGCUCAAUUUGAGGGCAUCCGAUGAACGAAGCAUGCUUGACAUUAUGAACUGCUCAGAUCCUCGCAUGGUGGGCUUGGCAUUGAUUCCAACCUUGGCCUACCUUGCCUUCUAUGUGUACUUUGUUGUUGCGCACACCCCAAAGGCCAAGCCUGACGAACCCACUGGUCGCGAAGGAACAAAUAAGGAGACACGCUGGUGUCUUGACGAAGACAGCGUCUACCGACCAACUUUGUGGAACCUGCAUAACGUCAUCCAUAUUGCUCUCCACUAUAUCCUCUUGGUCACUUUGUACUGUUAUGGAAUGCUCGGACCGGCUGUCAUGGCCCUCUUCAGAGCCCAAGUGACGUUUAGCGUCACCGAGCUCUCUUUUUGGUUGAUCAUUUACGGAAAGUUCAGGCCCAUGAAGUUGCUCCUUCAUUUCCUUGCUUUUCCUCUGUUGAUGCUUGGAGUCCUUGCCGUGAGGCACACUUGGUUCCCGGCCUACAGUCUCGUGCGCUUUUCUGACUGCACGUGGGGCAAUCGUUCAGGAAGCCACGAGAGCGGCAGCCGACAGGCCAAGAGAGCGGAACAUGUUGGGAAGCAAAUCCGAAAUGUAAUGUUCGCCGUGAACAUGCUCGCUUUCGCCGUCAUCAUGAGCCGUCUCCACAAUGGAGUUGAUAUCUUUUUGUUGAACAAGAAGCGCUACGACUUGCUCUUCGUUGUGAGCUCAUUUGAUCCCUACGCGGCGCUUCCACUAUCUCUGCUUGGAAUGGUCCUGACGCGUGUGUUCAUCUUGUGGUUUGUCGCUGUGUUGGGCGAGACCAAUCUGGAGUCAAUGCUCAAGAUGAGGGCCUCGUCUGGUCCCAUCUUCAACAGCAACUGGUCGGAGAGUGCCAAGAGUUGGAAGUACUCGCUGUUCAGGGAUAUCCUGUCUCCACUCCGCACAAACACGAAGAAGGAGAAGAUCGAUUAGACAAAACCUGCCAAUGCCAAAGCCAAACAAAAACCAAAAAUGGCACCCGACCUCCCAACAAAAGGCUCAAGCGCUGGUAGAGAUAUUGAAUACAUAUGGUAGCAAGAAGUGUGAUUACGUUUAGCACUAGCUACAUUCCCAUCUAUCAACAGCGAAAGAAAAGGGUUUCGGGAUGUCCUUUCUCCAAAAUUUAUCGAACCCAUCUACCCACGCCACUUUUCUUUCCUGGACAUUAUAGUCAAUGACGACAGGGGGAAAGACGCCUCCAUCGUCAGGCUGUGGGUCUCUUGAGCUGGGAAACUUGCUGGCUGCAUUGAUGAACCAUGUGGAUUGUGGCACACAUCCGUGCCUUGCUUUAUACCGCACGGCUCCGCGAGCCCAGUGAAGGUGGCCACCGCAGCAUAUCGGGAUUCUCUUUUGAAAAAUCACUUUGGCCAAGCUCAAGCUUCCCCUCCGCACAGUGGAUGUCCUGCCUGGCCAAUAUGGCGGGAUAUGAGAAAGCAGCAGGUCAAUACCAUCGGCAUUACUGCUGUUCCCCUCUGUCAGGUCCAGGUCCUCGAAACUGUCGCUGUCACAAGUGCCCCAGGAAGCUCCAAAAAUGUGAAGACGGCCUCCGGCGCACACAAGAUGCUGAUCUUCCAGGAAAUGAAUGGUCGAGCCCGGCAAUGAAAACUCGGCACGUAAAUCGAUGGCGUCUGGCCUCUUCAAAUCUCGAUCAUGAUUCCCUGCAAUGACGACAAGAUCGGAAUAUCUGCUUUUCUGUGACUGGAACCAGUCUCGAAAGGCGCGGAUAUCGGCGACAGACCCGCGGUCGGCAAAGUCCCCGCAAUGGACCAGCACGUCUCCCCGUGGGAGACGCAGCUUGUCAUGCAAACCGUGAGUGUCUGAGAUCACUACGAUUCGAACAAUGUCUUGUCGUUGGCUGUCGCAAUCCAUUUGGUCUGUAUCCAUUGGACCGUUUUCCACAUCCAUCUUCAUCGAUCCUUCCUUCGCCAUCUUCUUGUAGAAUUCUGAAUAUCCUGGGCGCUGGUUUGUAUUUCGCUUCCUUGGAGGUGUUGUUUUGUGACGAUGACAGCAGAGACGAGAUGUAGCCACGGAAAGCACGACUGAGCUUGGCUUGUUUGGGUUGACUGAGGACUCGACUCGACUCGACUCGACUUGUGACUCGACCAAGUCGACUCGACCCAGUCGACUCGACUCCGCUCGAGUCAGUCGACUCGACUGCUAACUGGAUCUUUCUGAGCAAAAGGUGCGGUCACGGUCGCUUUUCAUGACAUGCCAAUGGUGCGGCUGUGACGAUGCGGCAAGCGCCUUGAUGGAGCUAGCUGGCUAGCUAGGCAGACACGUGUAUCUGAUCCCGUGCUGUCGUGGUCUGCUAUCUAUCCUAUCUAUCCUCUCCUUAGACUAGCUAGUAGUUGCGUAUGGUAUGUAUGAAGAAGGUACAAGAGGGAAACAACUAUGCAGAGCUCUAUUCAUAGCUACGUCUAGGAACUAGCUAGGAACAAGCAAGGUGUAAUCUUGCGGACUAACGAUAGAUCCUGCGAGGCACCUCUUCUGUACUGGGUUUUCCCUUCCUCCUCAUACAUGUAGUUCUACCGUACUCCGCUAGCUUGCCUUUUGCUAGACUAGCUACCUCUAGCCAAUGGCUCCUUCCGCAACAUAACAUUUUUUUCAAAAUCUGGAUCCACAAUGAUGCCAGCGCCAAAACGGUGCCGCCGCACAAGUUCCGAAUAGUCCCCCUGCCCGACGCUUUCAUUUAUUUUGCAAGGAAAAGAAGAGGAUGGUUCUCUUUGCGCCCCAACGAAAGCCAAAAACCAUCCAUCGCUUUCUUGAAUCUCGAUCUUCCAUCAGUUGAAUGCGCGAAGCAAUCGUGAUGGUAUUGAGCUUCAACAGAUACACGUCAGCAGCCGGUGGCAGGACUGGUUAUUUGACUCCCUAGUGCGAGAAAAUUCGCUUAUGGGUCUGUUUGGGAUUGCUCGCAAAAACUUUUCCGAUGG